AUGUCGUUUUGCAUGGCCUUGAGCUGCAGGUGGAACCGGUCUCCGUCGACGGGAAUUCUGUGGAACGACGAGAUGGACGAUUUUUCAACGCCACAUCAUCCAAACACUUUCGGGAUACCCCCGUCGCCAGCAAAUUUCAUCCGACCCGGGAAGCGACCGAAUGAGCAGCCAAAAAAAGCUAAGCGUGUUCUAGCCGUAGGAGGAGCGGGCGGAUCGACGAUAAUCAGUGGAGUAGCCGGUGUUGCAUACCAUAGCCUUUGGCUGAACGCCAACGUGAAACAGGCUGUAGAUGCUCCUCGGCUCCACAAUCAGCUUUACCCAAUACCACCUCCUAUGAGCCCAACUUCCCUCAGGUCAGCGUACUUGACGGAAUUGGCGUCCCGUGGACAUGUACUGAAGAAAGUCCAGAAUCUCACGGUGGUUACGGCGGCUGAACGAGCAGCGGAUGGCCAGCUGUACGCAAACAGCGACUUCCGCAAGGGGGAAGAGAGUUCUCCAGCUGGAUACUGA